CCGUCGUCGCCAACAGGUGCAGAAUAUUUAGAAAGAUUCAAUAAAUUGAGGUUAAAUAUAAUCACAAUGAAAUAUUUAAAGUAACCAUGACAUUCAUCACAAUUCAGACUAAUUCGGUCGUUUUACUGUGCUAAUAGAUAAUUGGCUACAUAUCAUGUCAUAGUUCUUGGCUCACCUUGUUAUUGUGUUACAAGUGCUAUCUAUAACUAAUCACUCGGGGCUUGGAACGAAUUUAGCAGCAAUUUUGCAGUUCUCCCGAGAUUAUAGUUAACGCAGAUAAUUAUUAGAAUUUAAAAAUGGAGAAUAGAAUUAGAUGUUAUGAAGAAAUAUCAUCUGAGACUUUUGAUACAGAAAAUGUGGUCACAGACUCUUCGUCUGAUCAGGUUGAUGUUGAGUCAGUGAUAUUAAAAAUCUACAAACAAUUUGAAAAAAGCGCUGAAAUAGAGCCAGAGUUCCCAGUAGUAAGAAAAAGAGUUCAUUGUCAAUUGUUGAAGGACUAUCUCAGAACUUUACCACAGAAAUAUGAAUGCCUAGAUGCAAGCAGAACGUGGAUUGUAUACUGGGUCCUGCACUCAUUGUGGUUACUUAAUGAUAUGCCUGAUGCAGAGACAUUGUCUGAUAUAGUAAAGUUUUUGACUUUGUGUCAGCAUGAAGAGGGUGGGUAUGGAGGUGGUCCAGGACAGUACCCGCAUCUAGGUACCACAUAUGCCGCUGUUAAUGCCCUUAGCAUAAUAGGCACAGAGGAAGCAUAUAACUCUUUAGACAGAAGUAGUUUACAAAAGUUUUUAUGGACUGUGAGAGACGUUGAUGGAUCAUUUGCACUUCAUAAAGGUGGGGAGCAAGAUAUUAGAGGAGCAUACUGUGCUGUUAGUAUUGCUAAAAUUACAAACACAUACACAGAUGCUUUAUUUGAUAAGACAGCUGAAUGGAUAGUCAGCUGCCAGACAUAUGAAGGUGGAUUUGCUGGAUGUCCAGGCAUGGAGGCACAUGGAGGAUAUGCAUUCUGUGGCAUUGCAUCUUUGGCUUUGUUGAAUAAAACACAUCUAUGUGACAUAGAUGCACUAUUAAGGUGGUGUGUAAAUCGUCAGAUGCGUUUAGAAGGUGGAUUCCAAGGGAGAACAAAUAAAUUGGUGGAUGGAUGUUACUCAUUUUGGCAAGGAGCUGCAUUUCCAAUAAUCAGUGCUAUCUUAUCUCAAGAAAAUAAAGAAUUGUUAGAAACAGUACUCUUCAAUCAAGGUGCCUUACAAGAGUACAUAAUUAUCUGCUGUCAAGCCUUGCCUGGAGGCGGCUUUAUUGAUAAACCUGGCAAGCACCGAGAUAUUUAUCACACUUGUUAUGCUCUGAGUGGGCUGUCAGUGGCACAGCAUGGCACAGGGGCUGGUGACCCCUUCAUAGUCGGCCGACCCAGCAAUGAACUCAACAGAAUACACCCACUUUACAAUGUUGCACCACAUCUUGCCUAUAAUGCUGUCCACUACUUCAUCAGACAUCCACCACCAGUCAAAGAUAAAAAUUAAGUACCCAAAGUUAUCCUAAAAUUCUUUUGGCUUUCCAAUCUUUCACACUAUCCUUUCAUGUUUAUAAUCUCUGUCGAAAUGAUUGUCUUUGAUUCUUCACAGUUGUAAUUUUAAAUGUGCGGGGUAUAAUUAUCUAUUUCAUUCCAAUGUGUAGGAAAAUAAUUAAUAUGGCUUAUGUAUAUAUCGCCUGAUUUAGUAACAUUAACACUAUUAACAGGCAAAAAUAGUACAUGAUCACCAGGAUUUAAACCCCAUUUAAAACUAUAUCCUAAUUUUGUACAUCUUUCUCUCCUAUUAGAGCAAAUGAUUUCCAAAUAAAUCAAAGUUGACCCAAAAAUAUGGCUAGUCCAGGGUGACGGGAGUUUCAUGGUGCUACUAUUUCUAACCCCAGGACUUGAAGCAAAGUAUAUAUUUUUGGUAACAAAACUUGUGGUAUCAAAGUAUUUUCUGGUGAUCAUAAUAUCUCAUUUAAUAUUGCAGGAAAACAAUUUGCUUAAAUUGAUGUUUUAAUUAGUUUUCCAAUUAGUACCAGAGUAAAUAAUUAUUACUAAUUACUAUACUUUUAAAUAUAAUGAAAUUAUUUUUAAACAAAUGCAAUUUUAUUAAUGAAAUAAAGUACUUGCGCUCCACAUAUUACAUGUAAAAAAUAUUUUCAAUAAGAAAAAUCUGAUUAAGGUAUUUGUGAUGGUACAAUUAUUUUGGGUGUACAUAGUAUUCUUAUUUUAUUAUUAGUUUAUUCCACAUUUCCUUUGUGAUUUUCUUGGUUAACUAAGUUCCUUGUACUGUCAUAUCCCUGCGGUAUGUAUAAAAUAUCCUUAAGGUUAGUAAUAACUUUUGUGCAGUAUAGAGUAAUAAAUAAAAAACUGUGUAAAAUAAUGAAUUUUAUUAUUCCCUUUUAUUGAAAUGCAAUAAAUUUUUGCAUCAGGUUUGCAAAUUAUACUAACUAAACUAGCUGUACAUAGCAUUAUGGGUAGGUUUUUACACAUUUAUACAUACAUUGCCCAGGCCAUAAUUUCCUAUCAAUAUGUUUUCCAUAAUAAUUUAUCAUGAAAUACUAUUAACAUUAUAUUUUUGCUGCAUUUU